AUGUGCGUCCGCUAUGCAUUUCGACUCAUUGUAAUAGCAGCUGUACUAUUUUGCUUAUGGUAUUCGUUGAAAAAUAACAUUUCACAACAGCUAACAUGCGACGGUCUGCCGUCACCACUCUAUACUCAUCCGGUACAUCCAACCGCCGAUUCGCCACCUGUAUCACGCGAACCCCGUGGAGCGUUUACACCUAGGAUUCGUCUUUUGCCACACUCAUUGUGCGAUGCGAACACCACUGUGAUGUUUGUGUUCCAUUCGGAUGUUCGUAACACCGUACAACGACAAUUCCAACGGAAACAACUCGAUGAUAGUUGGAUUAAGAUGCUUAAUGCCAGACGUAUUUUCGUGGUCGGCAGUACCGUUGAACCUACUGACAAGAUUGAAAAAGAAGCAGAGAAAUACAACGAUAUAGUACAGGUUGAUACGAUCGACCACUACCAUAACAUAACUUACAAGGCUCAAGCAUGGAUUCAGCUGUUGUCAACAUGUCCGGAAACACCAACCUUUAUCAUAAAGCUCGACGACGACGUCAUGGUGGAUCGCGUUGGGAUUGAGUAUCUGAUCUACAGAUACGGUACAUCGAGACGAACAGUUGGAUGCCGAGUGCUAUCACAUGGUAGUGUUGUACGAAAUCCAGAAUCAAAAUGGUAUCUCUCACCAAAAGAAUUCAGUGGAUCUGAUCUUGGCACAUAUUGCCAAGGAAUGGCUUACGUGUUUAGCGGUGAUCAAUUACGGUAUAUGCGUGAAAAUAUUCCACGAGUGCAAUUUCUUUGGAUGGAUGAUUGGUAUGUGACACGUGCACUGCUAUCCGGCUCAACUAUCACCCUUCUUGAUCUCAGCGAUCAUUAUUGCUCAACGAAUUCCGAUGAAGAACUCGAUGUAUGGAUGGAAAAUAAGAAAACGUUACGCAUUCCACAACGUACCAUAUUUGGACAUUUUCGACCUGCAGACAAGUUCGUCAUCAUGGAAAAGUAA